GGCGCCGGUGCGUACGUCGUGUGGCGGUGCGCGGUGGGGUUGCUUGGCAGUGGAGCCGGCGGGGCGGAGGUGGAGAUGGCGAAAAGAUAUUCCGAGUUCGACGCCCUGCAUAUCGCCCUCGUGCGCGCCUUCCCCCACGCCGUCGCCAUGAUCCCGGCUCUCCCGCGGAAGAGUCUUGUCUCGCGUUUCCGGCCACAUUUUCUGGAGUCUCGGCGGGCCGGGCUGCAACACUUUCUGAGCUGUGUUCUUCUGAAUCCCGAAUUUGCGGCUUCGCCAAUCUUGAAGGAUUUCGUCUUCUCGUGA